AUGACAAUAACUUCUACAUUAAAUGAAAAUAAGCGUACUACAAAUGGAGACAAAGUCAAUGAAAAGACAGCAGCCCCAGUACCAAAAACAGAACCAAAAACAGAACCUACAUUUAGGCGAGAUUUAUUCCGAUCACGAGUAGUUUUCUCUCGUGGACAAAAUCCUAGUGGACCGACAACAGCCAGUUCAAGAACAGGUCUAGCCAAAGGUGAUCUAUUUGUAAUCAACUUGAAUGAGAAUGGCACCGAGAAACUUCUCCUGGAAGUUGACGAUGAACGACAAAUUCAAGCUAUGCAUCCAGAAAUAUGUAUUGAUGAAGCGAUUAAAAAAACAUUUCCGAGUAUUAAUUUUCUAACCAAUUAUUAUAAUGUGCAGCAAGUUAAUAACAAAGAACAUUUUGCUUUAUAUUUGGUUGAAAUGCAAGUUAAAGAACAAUAUUUUAGUCGAGGUGAUAUGUGGCGUUUUACCCGUAAACUAGUCAAUACGUCAGUUUAUUUAAGAAAAACACUGGAUAUUUACGGCAUGAGAGCUACUGUUUAUGGUUUAUGGGUACCUGAUUCACCCUAUCGUGUAUCAUCUGGUUAUAUAACAAAAGAUACCAAAAUUGUAUUUCGUUCACUAAGUGCUUGUUGUUCAAUAUUUUUGCAAAUGUCAAAAGAAAUGUGGGAUUUCGAUCAUCGCGGUGAUACAUAUUAUGAAAAAGCUGUUGAUGGUUUCCUCCAUGAUUUGUUCACACGAUGGAAGGCAAUGCUUUGUCAACAUGAUGUUACCAUGACCUUGUUUAGUCGAGUUUUUUAUGAUGCCAAAUCGUUGGAUGCUUUUCCUCAAUGUUUACAGCAAUAUAUUAAUACAGAUCAUCGAGGCAGAUUUUAUGAAGAUUUCUAUCGUGUUAUUUAUCAAAAUGAACGUUAUGAUGAUUGGUUGCCACGUUUGGCUAAAAUCAAACAAGUCAUUAUUAGUUAUAAAGAAGAUCUUGUCAAUUAUCAUCGACAACAUUUAUCAAAAGCUGAAGCAGAAAAAAUGCCCAAAGGGACAAUAUCGCCUGCAUGUGAUGGAAAUUUUCUUGAAACAUUAAAUCUUUCAUCGAGCGUAUUUGAACGUCAUUUUAUCGAUCGUGCAUUCGAUCGUCUAGGUCAAAUGUCAUUAGUGAUAACACCCGGUGCUGGUGUAUUUGAAGUUGAUCGUGAAUUAACAAAUAUGACUAAGCAACGUGUACUAGAUAAUGGCAUCGGCAGUGAUCUUGUCUGUUUAGGUGAACAGCCAUUAUUUGCUGUACCAUUAUUUAAAUUUUUUAAAGAAAAUCCUAAUACGGCUGAUGAUUAUCAAAUACCACAUUGGAUGAAUUUAAGUUACUAUCAUAAUUCAACAGCACCCUCAUGCUUUAAACGUUAUAUACCGCGUUUACCAUUUGAUACAAGUCGAGUUCAUACUGAAAACCUGUUAGAUGUUAAAAAUGUGAUGAGUUCAAUCGCCGACAACACAUUUACAAAACCACCCCAUCUAUCCAUGGAAGAAUAUGAUAUUCAAGUAUUUCGAGCAUCAACAAAAGGUUCAGGUGAAAGCAAAUCUGCAACUAGAACAAGCAAAAGUCAUGAAGGUCGAAAACCAAGAAAACGAAAUAUAACUAUGAGUCCUACACAUCCGGCAUCAAUUGAAGAAGAAGAAGAUACAUUACAUGAACCAAAUGGGAUGUUAAUUGUUAGUAGUAAAGCAUCGAUAACAGGAAUGAAUGACGAUCCACGUCAAUUUAAUGCUAACGUCAAAGAUGAUAUUGCUCUAUCAACGUCACAUGGCAUUUCAGCUAGUAUAGCUGGAACUAUUCCAUAUCAUAAUACAUAUCAGCAAUCAUCACAAGUUUUGUUUUAUCAUCCGCAAAGUGUUGUACGUACUGCUCAAAGUGCUGAAACGUAUUUUUUAUCAACAUUGUCAUUCGUUCGUCUGAAUACAAGGCCGAAAGCAUUAACGAAUCCAUUUGCACCAGCAAGUAUACGCAUACCUAUGGUACCGGGACGACGUCGGUGGGCACAUACAUUUCCUAUAGGUCCAAAUAAAAUUCCUUGGCAUUUUCAUCAUUUACGCAAAAUGGAAGGUGCAAUAAAAUGUUCAAUGAAUGUUAAUAUUAACACCUGUGCAGAUCUUGUACUUCCGAGUACAUCGAAAGGACUUUCAAAUAAUUCUAUAUCUAAACGUAUAUAUCAGCAUUCGAAAACCAAUAGUGAUUUAAGUUCUCGUUCGAAACGUCUUGGGAGUCCAUCGAGUGUAGAAAAAAAAGUUGGCUUUGCCGAACGUAAAGAUAGCUCUCCGGAAAAUAAUCGAACUCCCGCUAAUGGUGCAAGUGUAAAAAAGCCAACUUCUGAUUCUACGAGCAAACCACCAGGAAUCAAAAAAGAAAAAAAGGAAGCUAUUAUUUGGGGACCAACCGGUGUUGAACCAUGGAGUGCAUCAAUGAUAACUGGUAUCGAUUGGAAAUCGCUAACAAUACCAGCUUCACUUCCAACAACUUUUGAUGUUGAACCAACAGAAGAUGAUUUAAGACGUGAUUAUACGCAAAAUUCAUAUGAACUUAUUCAUGCAUUACCACCAUUAUCGGAGUAUGAACGAAAAAGAAAGCAUAUGCAUACAGGAAGUGGAAAUCAUGAAAAAUUAACUUCUGUUGAUGCUAUGGAACGUCAAAGAUUAAUAUUUGAUGCAUUAAUUGAUCAACGUUUAUCACAAGGCUUUCAAAUGAUUAUUGAAAUUCCACCGCAUAUUCAAAAAUUAAUGAUUGAAAGAAUUAGACGUAUUGGUUAUAAAGAAACUGAAUAUAAUCGUUUGUUAAGUAUUGGUCGAAUCUAUCAUACAUUAAGUCUUGUAACUGAAGAUAGUCAAACACAAGAUACGGUUGUUAUAUGUGUUCAACAAUUUAAACCUCAGCAUGCUUUUCAACCUAAAACGGUUCAAUAUAAAUAUCGUUUUCAAUGUCCAGAUUCAUCUAGUUAUGAUCCGGCUGCGUAUGAAUUAAAACUUGAAAGUUUAGAAGCAUUUCCUUGGAAUGUUGUUGAUAAUGCUGUAUGCAGUCACGGAUCACGCGAUGAUAAACUUACUGAUAUAAUGAAAUAUUGGCGAAUACGUCUGGUUCUCAUGCCUGUCUCAAAGGAUUACACAAUAAAAAGUAUUGAAUCAGGCCAACGGAAAUGUGAUAGUCGUGAAGAAAUGUCGCAUGAAGAUUAUUUUCUUUAUGUUGAACAUUUCGUUCGAUUUCUAGUUAUGCUUAAUAAAAUUGCACGUAUCCGUUCUAGUGCUUCUGAUUUUAUACAUCGACCUAUUGAUCCAAUAACUGGCUUAAAGAGAAUUGAUUGUCAUAAACGACAAGCAAAAAAUGCGGUACCGUUCAAAACUUUUAAACAUGAGGACCUUGUUUCCGAUGAUCCGGGUGCAUUGCAACAUCUAUUAGUGUUACUUCGUGAUGAACAUCAAGGACUAUUAUUUGUAAAAGAUGCGAUAUUGCCCGAAUAUUCAUUUGUUGCAAUUGAAGCCAUUUGGUGGGCUAUUGAACAUGGCGAAGACAUACAAAAUGAACAAGCAGCUUUAUCAUUAUUUGAAACAUUGUUUAAACGUGGACUUAUUCAGCAUUGUACACAUUCAGAAACUUUAUUUCGUUUCGGUUUCUUCCUGUAUUAUAUUGUUACAGAAAAAACACAAAAUUUUCGUCUUGAUUCCGAUGAUUAUGCUGAAGUUGAAUUUCACCAAACUCAACAUUUUAUUCCAUCGAUGGAUUAUUUAGCUUUUGCUCAAUGUAAACCAAUGCGUUUAUUGCCGAAACUUAUUGUUAAUCAAGAAUCAAUACCACGAGCUCCUCGAUUAGAAGCACAUCGAUCAGCCAAAAAUACAAAUCCUGUUAAUUUAGAUACUAAUUCAGUAGAUACUACGCCAGAAGAUGAAAAAAUAACAUCGAAAAUAUUAAAGCGUACUUGCAAUGUUGAUGCCGAUCAAAAGCAUGUAUCUGAUAGACGAGAAUGGGCGAAAGCUCAAUAUCAUUCAUAUUAUAAUCCGCAUUGUUUAUUUGAACUUGAAAUUCGUUGGCUUGUGGCAACUUCCUGUAUACUAGGAGAUUUAAUAACAAAUUGGUCGCAACGUACAGGAACAAUGCUUGGUUCAAAUCAAGUAGUGUUUCAUUUGGUUCCCAUUCCAUGUGAUCCAUUUGCUGAAUCUGAUCCUUUAAGAGGUCCUAUCUACAUUAAAAUGGAUACCACAUGUCUACAGGAUCAAAUGACUCAUCUUUCAGCUCAACAUCAAAAUUGUCGAUUAAACAUUUUUCAAGAACUUAUUUUAAAACGCUAUGGCUUUGUUUUAAAUAGCUGUAUAAGUUAUAUAAAUGAAAAUAUAUAUUAUGUUCAUAUAAGUGCUGGCAUGCUCGUCUAUAUCAUAUCUGAUGUAUAUAACGUACAUCACAUCCGUCGACCGAUACGUGUUGCAGUAAAUGGAAAUAUUGAUGGUCAGUCUUCGCCACUUGAUUACGGUUUUUAUUGGUGUUGGAAUUUUUGCUUGGGAAAAAAAUGGAGAAGCUGCCAAACCGGUGAAGAAAAAUAUCAAGAUAAUAUGUUGGACGAUUUCCGUAAAUUUUGUGCUAAUGAUAAAGGUCGUUUACUUAAGUUUUGGAAUGAAGUCAAUACAGUGGCAAAUAAAAUAGAUGCUGAAAAUCAAGAAAAAUAA